AGGUAGAGAGGAGUUGGGGGAAAAGGAACCUCCGAGGUAUACCAAAAGAAGCCACAGCGUCGGCUGCUCAGAGGACGACAACGUGGGCGAUUAUUUUUUCGUAUUCUCGCGAGAAUUGGGGGCUAACCUUCCCUCCUCACUUUCCUACCUUCCUCUUCCAUACCCCUCCCCCCCAAUCUGGAAACAGCGUCGUUUCGGUCUGGGAAGUAGGUAAAAAAAGAUGGGAAUCUUGACUUGGGGGACUCACUAGAGAUAAGGUCGAGGAGCGGGUGGAGGCUCUUGGGUCGGUCACGGGCCUACGGGAUUUGCUCAGUGAGCGAGGCCCCGGGGCGGGCUGGAAGUGUAUACGGUCAGUCCCUCAGGAAGUUACGGAGAUAGCAAAUAAAUUCAGUCCCCACUUUCAAUUUGUAGGGACGUGGGACCUUUAGUUAGUGGCAAGGCAACCUUGACCCAAGGCAGUCCGCUGGUUAAAUACUUUGGGAGACUACUCUUAGGGGACCCCUUUUUCGAAAACCUUGAAGUGGCUAGUCUCCAGAACUUUUUGGGGGGGAAGGUGAGGCGUUUCUAAAGUUCAGCUUCUUACCUAUUUACAAAUUGGGUUUUUCUCUCUUAUUUUUACCCCUUUAACACCCUAAAAGUAGGAGUUAAUUUAGACUUGGAGUUAAGGAAGAGCAGGUGCUUACUCAGGGUUUAAAACAUCGUUUCUUCCCUUCCUACAUGUGAAGUGUGAGAUCGGAGGAUAUUUUGAUAGAGUUGUUUUCCUCCAGUUGAAAGGCGACUCAACUCAGUUUCAGAUUUAUUUCUGAGGCAGCCUUAUCUUACAACAUUCUGCAUAUGAUUGCAGAAUCAGGUAUUCAUAGAGCAACCCCAUUUAUCCUGGUAAAGAGACAGGGGUGGGUUGAAUGUAGGACAUAGGUAACAAAAGAAAAAGUAGCCCUUCCAUUGUAGGGGGAGGGGCUUGAAGAGUAGAAUUUGGGCUUUUUGGAGGAUUACUCCCUCUUUUCAAGCACAGUGGAGAAGGAAUGCCAAACCCAGAGAGACAUGGGGGAAAGAAAGAUAUGGGAGGUGGGGGGUCUUUGCAUCAAGAUGCAGUGUCCAGCAGUGGGAGCUCAAACAGCAGAGAAAGGCAUCGACUCUCCAAGCAUAAAAGACACAGAUCCAAGCAUUCCAAAGAUUCACUAUUGGGGUCCCAAGAAGGAGGUGCAACACUUGGCAGCAUGAUCAAGCCAUUGGUAGAAUAUGACGAUAUCAGCUCUGAUUCUGACACCUUCUCAGAUGAAGCAGUCCUCAAGCUGGAACGUAGAGAAAAUGAUGAGAGGAAAGGGACAUCAGACAGGAGUGAUCGACUACAUAGACAUCGUCAUCAUCAACACAGGCGUGUCCGUGAAUUGAUAAAAAGUAAGCUGGGAGACAAGGAGAAGAGAAUGGACAGAAACCAGGAGUCCUCAGGCAAGUUGAGUUCUAGUAAGGAUAGACUAUCUGGUACUUCCAAAAGGCUACAAGAGGAGAAUGAUGACCACUCAUCUAAAUCAUUCAAAAGCAGUAGCAAAGAGUCCCGCUCAGCCAAACUGCAUAAGGAGAAGUCUAGAAAAGAACGGGAGGCAAAAUCUGGUCACAAGGAUCACAGUAAAAGUCAUCGGAAAAGAGAUGCCCCCAAAAGCUGCAAGUCACUGGACAGUCCAAAGUGGAAAUCCAGAAGUCCACACUAUAAGUGGUCAGAUAGUCCCAAACAAGAUGACAGUCCCUCAGGAGCAUCCUAUUCACAGGAGUAUGACAACAGCCCUCCACGCUCACAUACAUCCAGUAACUAUGAUUCCUGUAAGAAGAGUCCUAGUGUAUCCUCACGACGACCAUCAGUCAGUCCUCCAUAUAAGGAACCUGCCUACCAAUCCAAUAUAUGUUCUCCCAGCCCUUAUGGCAGGAGACAGCUGUCAGUCAGCCCAUACAGCAGGAGGCGUUCAUCCAGCUUUGAAAGGGGAAGUGGUUCAUAUAGCGGAAGAUCCCACAGCCCAUUCAAUCGAAGGAGCUCCAGCAGUCCUUUUGUUUCCAAACGGUCUCUGAGUCGUAGUCCUGUUUCCAGGAAGCCCAUGAAAUCCCGAAGCAGAAGUCCUGCUUAUUCAAGGCAUUCAACAUCUCAUAACAAAAUACAGAGAACUGGGUCUUGCAGUCGUCAUUCCAGUAUCUCACCUGUUCAGCUACCACUGACCUCCAGUUUGGGAGCUGAGCUGAGUAGGAAGAAAAAGGAGAGGGCUGAAGCUGCCGCUGCUGCUGCAGCAAAAAUUGAUAGAAAGGAGAGCAAGGACUCACUUAGCCUGUCCUCUAGGAAAGAAAAUAACUUAACUGAAGUAAAAGAGUCUAUAAUGGAUGUCAGGAAGGCAAAAAUGGCUAAGCCUGAAAAAUGUCCUCAUAAUCUGGUGACGGUAAAUACUCUACAACAAAAUACAGAGGUGAAAACAACUCCUGAGCCUGUCAAAACAAAGACAGCAGAAAAUUCUGAAAAGAAACGUCUUGCUUUGGUUAAAGACUCAAAAGCUGUGGGAACAAAAAAUAUAAAACUUGUUACAGCAAAGGAGGAAAUUGUGACUCCAAAAGAAAUACAGCCAGCUGAGCAAGAGGUCCUACCUCCUUUGCCUUCUGUAAAGUCACUCCCUCCUUUACCAACCUCAUCCCCACCUCCUCAGAUUCCUCCACCAUUGCCCCCUUUGCCUCCAUUGCCAGUGGUUCCCCCUCUGCCAUCUGCCCAGUCAUCUACCAUCCACAGCCCUGCUUUAGUUCCUCUGCCAUUUCCUGCCCUUCCUAAAACAUCCUCGACUUCUCAGGCUAACUCCCAGCCCACCAUGCAAUCCUCCUCAAAGGGACAUGGUUCUGUGACCAUAGCUAUUCCUCAUCUGAAAACAUCAACGUUGCCUCCACUCCCUUUGCCACCAAUCUUGCCUGGGGAAGAUGAGUUGGAAAGUCCAAAGGAGAUUGUUCCUCUGAAGCCUGUGAAGAAAGAGAAAGAACAGAGACUACGAUACUUGCUUACAGACCUCCCACUUCCUCCGGAGCUUCUUGGUGGAGACCCUUCACCGCCGGAGUCUCCAGAACCAAAGGCAGUCACACCACCUCAGCAAUCAUUAAGAAAGAUGGUCAGAAAUCUUCCAGAUGAAUCCUGCUUCAUAGCAGCUGUAACAAAAGGAUAUGAAGAAAACACACUUGUUUCAGACCCUUCACCGCCGGAGUCUCCAGAACCAAAGGCAGUCACACCACCUCAGCAAUCAUUAAGAAAGAGACCAAAAAUCUGUUGCCCUCGUUAUGGUGAGAGGAGACAGACAGAAAGUGAUUGGGGAAAGCGCUGUGUGGACAAAUUUGAUAUUAUUGGUAUUAUUGGUGAGGGAACAUAUGGGCAAGUGUACAAAGCCAAGGACAAGGAUACAGGUGAAUUGGUAGCUUUGAAAAAAGUAAGGCUGGACAAUGAAAAAGAAGGCUUCCCUAUUACAGCUAUCCGUGAAAUCAAGAUUCUCAGACAAUUGAUUCAUCGGCGUUACACACCAGCUAUAGAUGUCUGGAGCUGUGGUUGCAUCCUUGGGGAACUGUUUACAAAGAAACCUAUUUUUCAAGCUAAUCUUGAGUUGUCCCAGCUUGAAUUAAUCAGCCGUCUUUGUGGGAGCCCGUGUCCAGCUGCAUGGCCAGAUGUCAUCAAACUUCCCUACUUCAACACCAUGAAACCUAAGAAGCAAUAUCGUAGGCGCCUGCGGGAGGAGUUUUCUUUCAUUCCUACUACUGCCCUUGACUUGCUAGACCAUAUGCUAACACUGGACCCCAAUAAGCGAUGUACAGCAGAGCAAACAUUGCAGAGUGACUUCCUAAAGGAUGUUGAUAUCAGCAAGAUGGAUCCUCCAGACCUCCCUCGUUGGCAGGAUUGUCAUGAACUCUGGAGUAAGAAACGCCGACGGCAACGACAAAGUGGGAUUGCAGUGGAGGAACCUCCCCUGGCAAAGGUUUCCCGGAAGGACACCGCCUCUGCAAUAAGCACUGAAGCUACCAAGAAUCAUAGCAGUCCAGUACCCCCGCAGCCUGCUCAGAUCAAAACGCAACCUGGUGCUGGAGACUCAUUUGGUCUUGGUGACAUCACACAGCAGCUGAAUCAGAGUGAGCUGGCUGUCUUACUGAACUUGUUGCAGAGCCAGACAGACCUAAGUGUUGCACAGAUGGCCCAGCUACUCAACAUUCAUUCAAACCCUGAGAUGCAGCAACAGCUAGAGGCCCUUAACCAGUCCAUCAGUGCACUCAAUGAAGCCACCACCACUACCACUCAGCAAGUGCAGGAUUCCCAGAAAGUGCCUGAAGAGGAAACAGCUGUUGAGGAACCACCCCCACCAGCCCUUCCCUCUGAGGAACAACCCACUCCUGAAGCAGCAGGCACUCAGGGAGACAUGCAAAGCGUUCUGGCAAUUUUGCUGAGCCAGCUAAUUAAAACCCAAGAGCCUGCAACAAAUACAGAGCAGAAUAGCAGUGAGAAGAACAGCGAUCUACGGGGGCCACGGAAAACCCCCACUUUGCCUCAGGAGGAAACUGCAGAGACCAGGGAAGGAGGCUCUGACCAGACCCUGAAGGCUGAAAGAACACAGCUUGUGGAAGGCCUCCAAGUUAAAUUCUGGAUAUUGGUCAAAAGAAGUCUAUUUUCAGCCCAGAAAGCAUGCUCUUCAGGGAGAGGAGAACCAAAGUUUUUGAAUCUUGCUGCUAUUACUCAGACGCCUCCUUUUCAGGAAAGAACAGAAAGAAGUUCAUGCAAAUCAUCAUCCAUUUUAGAUUUGAAGGCUGCCAAUUUGGAAGAAGAAACAUCAACUCAACUUGACUUCUCCAUAACACUGGCAUCUGCAUGUGAACAUUUUGGUGUCUAUUUUUAUAAUAAGGCAAACCAAAAAAAAGCAAUUUUUUUGAAAAUAGAAACUCUUAUUAUAGAAAGAUUGAACGCUAAUUGCUGAGAACAACAGUUUAAUUUUGAGCAAACUCUGAUCUUGACAUCCUAUCUUUUUAACUCUUGAUUGUACUUUGGAUUGUUCUCUUGAAUUUGUAUUUUUUUCCCCACCUUAAUGGCACUAAUCCUGCUUAGCUCUUUAAAUUCACAUUUGGCUGCUAAUAUUUCCUAGAUCAGUGAUGGCAAACCUAUGGCACGCAUGCCACA